AUGGCAGAUCUCGCUUCCGAUUAUCUUAUACUUUGGGCUUCCCAAACUGGAAAUGCUGAGUGGAUCGCCAAGAAUAUCCAUACAGAAGCCAAAAAGAAAGGUUAUUCCGGACAAUGUCUUGUUAUGGACGAAUUUGAGUCUGCAUCUUUGCAAACAGCCGGUGUCAUUAUUUUGGUUACUUCUAAUACGGGAGACGGCGAUGCACCUGACAAUUCUCUCAAAUUUUGGCGUUUCCUACGCCGUAAUAAGGAUGCCAGCUAUUUUGCCAACACCAAGUUCACUGUCCUUGGAUUAGGCGACACAAAUUAUUCCAACUUUAAUAAUACAGGCAAAAAGAUUGAAAAGAAGUUCAAGAGUUUAGGAGCUCAAGUCUUUUAUGAGAAGGGCUUAGCAGAUGAUGCUGAAGGCUUGGAAAUCACAGUGGAUCCUUGGAUUGAAAAGUUAUGGGAGGUUUUGCCCACCGUGUUGAAGCAAACUACAGAAAAGACGAUUGAACAAUCAGUGGCAGAUGAAAAGAAAAUCGAGAGAGAAAUGACAGAGUUAACGAUCGAUCCUACUUCUGUGCCUUUCACCAAGAAAAACCGUAAACAUACACUUCCCGAACAAGUUGAGAAAUAUACCCAGAUAGAGAAUACACUUAUCGAACCUAGUACUACAGAGAAGGAAGCAGAUAGUAGUCAACUUGACGAUGCCAAUGCAACUGCACAAAAAGAGAGUAUAACAGAUACAGCUCAGGUUUUGAAGGAAAAGAUUUACAAAAAUGGUUAUCCUUUCAGCGUGAAUACUACUGGACUUCAGCCUGGCGCCAAAUUGACGGGCCUUCCUCGUGUGUCUGUACCCAUUGCCCAGUUGGUCAAGGUAGAAGGCACCAAGCCAGCCGUCAAUGAUCAGCCUCUAAAGGUGCCCGACUUUUUCCAGACCCCUACCCCUAUUGUGUAUGCACCUGUCACGAUGGUGUCCUGUCUAACCACUUCUGAUGCACUCAAACGAACACUAGAAAUUGAAUUGGAUAUUGGAGAGGAUACGCACUACGAACCAGGGGAUGCCUUUGGCGUCGUAGCGCCCAAUGACGAAGAAUUAGUGGAAGCAGUUUUGCAAAAGUUGGGUGUGAAUGAAAAGGAUCGUCAUCAAGUUUACAAGGUGGAAGGAGAAAACUUGCCUACUCAUUUGCAACAUGCCUCGUCAGUGACCUUGCUCGAUCUUUUCCGUUAUGCUUUGGAUCUAACGAGUCAUCCUCGAAAAGCUCUCUUCAGAAUGUUGGCUGAUCAUACCACCGACCCUAAAGAAAAGCUUUUACUCAUGUACAUCUGCAGCAAACAAGGCGCCGCUACCUUCAAUGCCAUUCGAGAUGAAGCACCCACCGUCUUGGAUAUUCUAGAGACAUUCCCUAACUGCCGUCCACCUAUCGAACGUCUUUUGGACUUACUACCAGCUCAUCAACCUCGCUUCUACUCGAUAUCCAGUUCUCCAUUGAAGCGUCAAGGCAAGAUUCGUUUUGCUUUUAAUGUUGUCGAAUACACCACGCCCAAUAAAGCUGAGCGUCGUGGUGUGGCAACACCUUGGAUGGACAAGAUCACUGAACUGGUUCCUAGUCGUAAUACGCCUCACAACGUCGAAAUCCCGGUGUCUAGCAAUAUCACUUUGCCUAUUUUUGUUCGUCAAAAUGUGAACGCAUUUGUGUUGCCUACAGAUACCAAGCGCCCGUUGUUACUCAUCGGUCCUGGUACCGGUAUUGCUCCUUUUAUUGGCUUUUUAGAACAUCGUCAAACUCAACGCAACAUUCGUCUCUCGAUGGGGGGCGUCGGCCAUCAACCCGCUCAGCAGAUACGUGAUGAUUUUGGGCCUAUUUUCCUUUAUUAUGGCUAUCGUAACAAAGAGAAGGAUUUCUUAUUUGAAAAGGAGCUUCGUGAGUUUGAAAGUGAUGGUAUUAUCACUCAUUUAGCGUUAGCAGAAAGCCGCGCUUCAGAUGGAUCGCCAAAGGUGUAUGUUCAAGAUCUGAUGAAGCGUGAUUCAGAGAAGCUUGUGGAUCUCUUAAUAAAUAAGGAUGCUGCUAUUUAUCUUUGCGGCGAUGCUAAGGGUAUGGCGAAGGGAGUUCAGGAUACACUCGCCCAAUUACUCGCUGAGCAUCUAAAGAUUGACUUACUAGAAGCGAAUAAGAUGAUUAUCGGGUGGAUUACUGAAAAGAAAUUCUUACGCGAUUUGUGGGCUUAG